AUGAAUGAAGCUCCGCCACCAUAUCACGCUCAUGACCCCAGUCCGAAUGUACGAUCAACUGCAGCUCCUGUUUACGAAUUGUCCACUGCUGUCAACUUGCAGCCCCACGUUUUAGAAGACACCGCAAGCCCAUCGCAACAACCUGGCCUGCGGGAUAUCAGCCCCCAGGAAGUUGAGCAGUCCGGGUUCAUCUCGGCAACGCCGUACUUUGAACUUCGUCCGCCCAGUCGUCCACGACCGCAUGACUUCUUUGUUCAUACAAUUGUGGUCAAUCCACAUGCCAGCAAAGAGACAACACCGUAUCCCAUACGCAACUCUCUGUUCCCACUACGGGAAGUCGACGAAUAUGACUGGACAACAUUUUUGAAUCAUCUGUUUCCUCCUGUGUUCGGCGAAGGUUCGUCUGGAUCAAACCAGGCGACUAGGCCAAGUCCGACGGCCAGAACACGGCAAUUUUCAUCAAGCAGUCUCGAAAACGCAAAGUCAAGGCCGGAGGAGCUUACAGAGUUGGUUGACAGGCUGUCUCUUCCACCGACAAAGCGAUCGACGUCAGAGAGCGGAGCUGUUCCAAACCCUUCACGUCUGCGGAGAAUCAGACUUGAAACUGUCGUCGCACAAUGGAACACCGGCUUUUUUGAGCCUCGCGGCCUCAAAAUCAUCCUUCUGUUCACCGAAGAUUCUUUGCAAUGGGAAGGAGACGAAACUCCACUCCACAAAGCUGUUGGCAGAGGUAAAGAGUCGGAAGUCCGCCGCGUCCUUGAACAUAGCUCAUGUGACGUUGAGGUAAGAAACAAGAAAGGCGAGACAGCACUUUACCGGGCAGUCUCUCAGGGAGACAAGUCGAUUGUAAAACUAUUGCUGGAAAAUAACGCUGACCCCCAAGCUCGGCCCCCGGGAGCAAAUAGCCCUCUCCAGACGGCAGUAAUAUCCGACCGUUCGAGUAUUCUCAAGAUGCUGAUUGAAAAGUCGACUGCGGGCCUUGAAGAAGUAACUUCGGCCGGCGAGACACCUUUGUACCUUGCCGUGGCUCGCGGGCAAACAAAGAACGUCACGUCGCUCCUGGAGGCUGGUGCCAAUCCCCACGCAAGGCCGGUUGGGAAGGAUACGAUGCUUGACCUCGCAGUCAACAGACGUGAUUCUUCCAUUUUGGAAUUGUUACUCAAGAGCGGUAGUGAUCCAAAUCAGAGAAACAGAGACGGAGACACCCCGCUCAACCGUUUUGUCGCGACAGGCAGCGCCAACAUGGUCAGAACUCUUCUGGAGUAUGGGGCGAAUCCGAAGGCCAAGGACAGAAAGGGUGACCCCCCUUUAUCGGUUGCAGUACAUCAAGGUCAUUCAUCCAUUGUUGCUCUACUUCUAGCCAGAGAAGAUGUCGACAGCAUUAUAGAUUCAGAAAACAGCAAGGGGGAAACACCAGUUUACACGGCCAUCUCGAGAGGACAUACAUCGAUCACCGAGAUUUUGCUGAAGAACGGCGCCGAUCCGAACAAACGGCCCCCGCAAGGGGAGACGGUGCUGAAUCUAGCAGUCUCCCACGGUAAUAGCACGUUAGUGAACCAGUUGCUGGACCGCGGGGUGGACGUCAACGUCGCCAACAAAUCCGGAGACAGUCCUCUUUCCCAAGCGGUGGUGCGCGGUGACUCUUUCAUGAUCAGCCUCUUGUUGAGUGCCGGCGCGGACGUCAAUGCUGUCAAUAGCACUGCAGAGCCGAUCUUGUAUCGGGCAGUCUCUACCGGAAACGCAGCAGUCACGGCGCUUCUGUUGGCUCAUGGCGCCAAAUCGGACGUGCAGAGCCACAACGGCGAACCGGCCUUGUACCGGGCAGUCUACAGGGGCGAUGCGUCGAUCAGUGCCAUGCUUCUCUGCUAUGGAGCUGACGCUCGAGGAAACAGUCCCACCGGCGAAUCGUGUUUAUACCGUGCUGUCUACCUUGGGAAUACCCAGCUCGUCUCCUUGCUUCUUGGACGCGGAGCAAAUCCCGACGAAGCCAAUUCUUCCAAUGGAGAUUCGCCGCUCUAUCGUGCCGUGUACAGGGGCGACGUAUCCAUUGCCAUGAUGCUGCUAGGGAAGGGUGCCAAUCCAACCACACCCAGUUUCAACAAUGAAUCCCCACUGCAGCACGCUAUGAGGAAGAACAAUAAAUCCAUGAUGCAGGUACUGAACAAUGUCUCGCUGCGAUGCUCGGACAUGAAAAGGGUGUAA